UGGGUUGUGUUGAAUCUUGAAUUGUUGAGCUAAAGGUUAAAGUUUUCGGCUGCCGCAAGCUGACUAUUACUUAACAGUAAAUAUUAAUUUUGUGUUUAUUGUUAUUUAUUAAUUAAACAAAAUGUCUGACGGCGAAGAUGAUUUUAUGUGUGAAGAAGAAGAAGAUUACGGUCUCGAAUAUUCAGAGGAUUCUAAUUCAGAACCUGAUGUUGAUUUAGAAAAUCAAUAUUAUAAUAGUAAAUCUCUAAAGGAAGAUGAUCCAAAAGCAGCAUUACAAAGUUUUCAAAAAGUUCUGGAUCUUGAAGCCGGUGAUAAAGGGGAAUGGGGUUUUAAAGCUCUCAAGCAAAUGAUUAAAAUUAAUUUCAAACUUAAUAAUUACAAAGAAAUGAUGACAAGGUACAAACAAUUACUAACGUAUAUCAAGAGCGCAGUGACGCGAAAUCACUCUGAGAAGUCUAUUAACUCAAUCUUAGAUUACAUCAGUACCUCCAAGAAUAUGGAACUGCUACAAGAUUUUUAUGAAACAACUCUGGAUGCUUUGAAAGACGCUAAAAAUGAUCGAUUGUGGUUCAAAACAAAUACUAAGUUAGGAAAACUUUACUUCGAUCGUUCAGACUUUAAUAAACUCGCUAAAAUAUUAAAACAACUGCACCAGAGCUGCCAGACUGAUGAUGGAGAAGAUGAUCUGAAAAAGGGAACCCAGUUGUUGGAAAUUUAUGCCCUGGAGAUUCAAAUGUACACUGCGCAGAAGAAUAAUAAAAAAUUGAAGACUCUGUAUGAACAGAGUUUGCAUAUUAAAAGUGCUAUUCCUCACCCACUUAUUAUGGGAGUCAUCAGAGAAUGUGGCGGUAAAAUGCAUCUCAGAGAAGGCGAAUUUGAGAGAGCGCACACAGACUUUUUUGAAGCCUUCAAAAAUUACGACGAAUCUGGCUCUCCAAGACGCACGACGUGUCUUAAAUAUCUUGUUCUUGCUAAUAUGCUAAUGAAAUCAGGAAUAAAUCCAUUUGAUUCACAAGAAGCUAAACCGUAUAAAAAUGAUCCUGAAAUUUUGGCAAUGACUAAUUUAGUAUCAAGUUAUCAAAACAACGAUAUAAGUCAGUUUGAAGAUAUCCUCAAGCAAAAUAGAAAUAAUAUUAUGGAUGAUCCAUUUAUCAGAGAGCAUAUUGAAGAUUUAUUACGUAACAUCAGAACUCAGGUCCUUAUAAAACUUAUCAAGCCUUACACAAGAAUUCACAUCCCAUUCAUUAGUAAAGAAUUAAAUAUUGAUGCAUCUGAAGUUGAAAGUUUACUCGUGUCUUGUAUUCUUGAUAGCAGCAUUCGAGGCCGUAUUGAUCAGGUGAAUCAAGUACUUGAGUUGGACAAAAAGUCAUUGUGUGCAGCUCGUUAUAAUGCUCUUGACAAAUGGACAAGUCAAUUGCACUCAUUACACCUCGCUGUUGCUAACAAGAUGUCAUAAACAAUUUUUCAAUUAUUAUUAAUAUUAAUUACUAAUUAUUAAUUACUAAUUCUAAAUAAAUAUUAAUAAAAUUUA